AUGAUUGAAACAAAAAUUCUCGGCAUGAUUCUAGAAUUCUUCAAGGUAGAGUACUGUAGAUUACAUUUCGGCAACUUUCUGAAGCUUCUUCUGAAAUAAGUUAUUUUCAGAUUUUUGUUACAACAGCUAUCACAUCGUUAAUACUUCAAAAUUGCUCGAACAAAAAGAAAAAGCGACAAGAAUCCGAGAAUGAAACCGAACAACAAACAACUGAUGCUGAAGAAGAAUCAACUGACAAUAGUUCAGCAAAACGAAAGAAGAAAAAGGCAGCAGCAAAGAAAAAGAAGGGAAAAUCAAAGGGAAAGAGUGCACAAGGAAAUGCGCCAGCACCACCAAAAGCACCGGCGAAUAAAGGAGGUGUUGCUCAAACAUACGAUCCAAAUUAUCAAACACUCGCCGGUCUUUCCAAUGAUAAUGUUUUCCAAAAUAAGGGCGGCGCUGGAGAGGCAGCGAAACCAAAACCUGCAAUGGCUGCCACUCAAGACCCUAAUUAUCAAACACUCGCCGGUCUUAAUAAUGACCAAGUUUUUGGUGGAGGAGGAGGAGCUGGCGGUGCACCAGCCGCACCAAAACCUCCAGCCGUUGCUGGACAGAAAGCUGCUACUCACGAUCCAAAUUAUCAGACUCUAGCUGGUCUCAAUAAUGCGGAUAUUUUCAAGGAUAAAGGAGCUGGAGGUGGAGGAGGUGGAGCUGCUGCUGGUGGACCUGCGCCACCAAAACCACCAGCUGUUGCUGGACAAAAAGCUGGAACUUAUGAUCCAAAUUAUCAGACUUUGGCUGGAUUGAAUAAUGCGGAUAUUUUCAAGAAAUAA